CCGGCCGCGGCCCAGCCACACUCGCACCGUAUUGCCGCACCGUAUAGCCAGGAGCGGACAAAGAAACGGCAGCUCUCAGCUCCGCUCUCUCGCGAGUAAGAUCACACGGCACGAGCCCAGCACGCCUCCUGGAUUGCCCGGUGCCCCCCCUGCCCCGCUUCCUUCUCGACGACGUCGUCGCCGUAGUCGUCUUUCUCGGCUGGUGGUUUUGCGGCCUCUGCCGCGCACGAGCGGGCGAUACCUUCUUCUCCCCCCCGCAAAAGCUCGCAAAGGGCCGCAGCAGCAACUAGUAGAGGGGCUAAAAGCCAAGACACCAAGAGUCCAAGAGAGCAAACAAAGGCACUAAGCAGCCCUCUGUAGAUCUCGCGUGCGCGGCCGCCUCAGGAGGGGGGAGGCGGAGGGGCAGGAACUAGGGCGGGUCGGUGACCGGCGGCGGCGGAUUUUUCCAACAUGGGCGGAGAGCGGCUGGGGAGCUGGGUGGUGUCGUACACGGGGAUGUCGGCGGACAACAUCAAGGGGCUGCUUCUGGCGGUCUCCUCAAGCCUCUUCAUCGGGGCCAGCUUCAUCGUCAAGAAGAAGGGGCUCAAGAAGGCCGGCGCCUCCGGCGUCCGCGCAGGUGUUGGUGGCUACUCUUACUUGCUUGAGCCACUGUGGUGGAUAGGAAUGAUAACAAUGAUUGUUGGGGAAGUUGCUAACUUCGCAGCUUAUGCUUUUGCUCCUGCUAUCUUGGUCACUCCACUUGGCGCACUUAGCAUAAUUAUCAGUGCUGUUCUGGCACGCAUUAUUUUGCGGGAGAAUCUACACAUAUUUGGUAUACUCGGGUGUAUUCUUUGCGUUGUGGGUUCGACAACUAUUGUGCUUCAUGCCCCUCCGGAGCGUGAAAUCGAGUCUGUGGCGGAAGUAUGGGAUCUUGCAACUGAACCAGCAUUUUUACUUUAUGCAGCCGUUGUGCUUGCAGCAGCUUUUGUGCUCAUAUUCCAUUUUGUCCCACAGUAUGGUCAGACACAUAUUAUGGUGUAUAUUGGCGUUUGCUCACUUUUUGGGUCUUUAUCGGUCAUGAGUGUCAAAGCUCUUGGAAUAGCCUUAAAGCUGACAUUUUCAGGGAUGAAUCAGCUAGUCUAUCCACAAACAUGGGUGUUCACACUUGUCGUAAUUGCAUGCAUAUUAACACAGAUGAACUAUCUGAACAAGGCCCUUGACACAUUCAAUACCGCAGUUGUUUCACCCAUAUAUUAUACGAUGUUUACAUCAUUGACCAUUUUGGCUAGUGUAAUAAUGUUCAAGGAUUGGGAUCGUCAAAAUCCAACGCAAAUUGUCACAGAAAUGUGUGGUUUUGUUACUAUCCUUUCUGGAACAUUUCUUCUUCACAAGACGAAGGAUAUGGUUGAUGGUCUCCAACCACAUUUACCUAUUCGAAUCCCUAAACAUGCGGAGGAGGAUUCAUAUGGGGCUGAAGGAAUUCCUCUCAGGUCUGCUGCUGAUGGCAUUCCUCUCAGGUCACCGAGGAGCACAGAAUCAUUUCGCUCGACGUGAUGAAUCAUGGAUGCUUGCAACCGUGCUCAGUUCAUGACGCCUGAAAGGCGAAUUUCCUCAAAUCAUGAUGCUUCAAGGCUUAAACUCGGGAAGGGAAGAAUCUCCAUUCUUUCAUUGGAUACAACUCAUAGGUUUUGACUGUAGGAUUGAAAGGUAGCGGCUUGGUGCCCCUUGUAAUUUUCUGAGGCAUUGGUACAGAGUUUCAGGGGUUAUAUCAGUUAUACAUCUCUGGGUAAGAAGAUUACUGGAAUGGCCAAGGAUCCAAGUUUUGAACAUAUCGCGGUGAGCCAUAGAGGUCACCUGGAACUGUUGUAUUCUUUCAAAUACAGAAGUAUGCCAUCCGGAAUACAAGGUGAAUUGAAAGAGCCCAUUGUGUUAUUAACCA